AUGCCUAGCUCGCGAGUUUAUCACCACGAGGAGGAUGCCGUCAAUAACCUCACUGCUCUCAUCAAUCCGAAGAUUGACGUCCGAGACAACGUCAAAUCCGGCCGAGUAACGACUUACGGCGCUCUCCCACGAGCACUAGUUUGGUUCAGAGCCACGACGCGUUUGAUUCUACUGAAGCAGGAGGUCAAGGUCCGAGAGAGGGUGACAUCUAUCGGCAUCAUCACGGGCACCGCGCGGAAGAAAUUCACCUCGGAGUUCCGAAUUGAGAACUGCCAAUCGAAGUGGUCGCAGAACGUCACAUCUUGA